UCCACCUCCACCCCACCCCACCCCACCUCCUCUCUCUCAGCUGUUCUUUUUUAAUACUAUUGACCUCAGAAGGAAUAUCCACAACUUUUACACAGACACAGAGAGAGAGAGAGACAGACAGUCUCUGGUCACUAUAUUGUCUCUAAAGCAUCGCCAUUUGUACUCACAUUCUUCAUCUGCAUUUCAAGAUUGCCGGCCUCCAUUCCCGCUAUGAUUCGAUUUGUGGCGCAGUACGAAAGAAGAAAAGCAUAAGUAGAUUGAUUAAGAGUUUUGAGAUUUGGACCGAGUGAGAUUUUGUAAAGGAAUGGAGGCCUCGCAUAGAAGAGGAGGUGGAGGUGGUGGAACACCGAAAUCGCCACACACGCCGCGGUCGACCGAUAAGGUGGUGAGAGAUCUGCGAUCGGGGGAGGGGAGUUUAAGCGGAAAACACGAUAAGGAUAAAGGUGUUAAUGUGCAAGUCAUUGUGCGAUGCAGGCCAUUGAGUGUGGAUGAGACGAGAUUGCAUACACCUGUGGUGAUUUCUUGCCAUGAGAACAGAAGAGAAGUUUGUGCGGUUCAAAAUAUUGCUAAUAAGCAGAUUGAUAGGACUUUCCACUUUGACAAGGUUUUUGGUCCAUCGUCCCAGCAAAAGGAUUUAUAUGAUCAGGCAGUCUGGCCCAUAGUAUUCGAAGUUCUAGAAGGGUACAAUUGCACCAUCUUUGCCUAUGGGCAAACUGGAACCGGAAAGACUUACACUAUGGAGGGUGGGGCAAGGAAAAAGAAUGGUGAAAUCCCAAGUGAUGCUGGUGUUAUUCCCAGAGCUGUUAAACAAAUCUUUGAUAUCUUAGAGGCUCAAAAUGCUGAGUAUAGCUUGAAGGUUACAUUCUUAGAGCUAUACAACGAGGAAAUAACAGAUCUUUUGGCACCAGAAGAAUAUCCAAAAUUCCUAGAAGACAAGUCAAAGAAACCAAUAGCCCUCAUGGAGGAUGGUAAAGGGGGAGUUCUUGUGAGGGGAUUGGAGGAGGAGAUUGUGACAACUGCAAAUGAAAUAUAUAAAAUAUUAGAGAAAGGUUCUGCCAAGAGGAGAACAGCAGAGACCCUUCUUAAUAAACAAAGUAGCCGUUCUCACUCUGUAUUUUCUAUAACUAUUCACAUGAAGGAGGGCACUCCAGAAGGAGAGGAGAUGAUCAAAUGUGGGAAGCUGAACUUAGUUGACCUUGCUGGCUCAGAGAAUAUUUCGCGUUCUGGUGCAAGAGAGGGCAGAGCAAGGGAAGCAGGUGAGAUCAACAAAAGCUUGCUAACACUUGGUCGAGUCAUAAAUGCUCUGGUUGAGCAUUCGGGUCAUGUACCCUACAGGGAUAGCAAGUUAACAAGGUUGCUGAGGGAUUCUCUUGGAGGGAAAACCAAGACAUGUAUAAUUGCAACUAUAUCACCUUCUAUCCACUGUUUGGAAGAGACACUCAACACUUUAGAUUACGCUCACCGUGCCAAAAACAUAAAGAACAAACCAGAGAUCAAUCAGAAGAUGAUGAAAUCUGCUCUAAUCAAGGAUUUGUAUUUUGAAAUUGAUCGACUAAAGCAAGAGGUGUAUGCUGCAAGAGAGAAGAAUGGAAUCUACAUACCAAAAGAUCGUUAUCUCCAGAACGAGGCAGAGAAAAAGGCAAUGUCAGAAAAGAUAGAGCAGAUGGAAAUUGAUUUAGAAUCCAAGGAUAAGCGAGUAGUGGAGCUCCAGGAAUUAUAUAAUUCUCAGCAGCAGUUGACCGUUGAACUAAGUGAUAAACUUGAAAAGACUGAGAAAAAACUACAGGAAACAGAACAUUCAUUGAUUGAUCUUGAAGAAAGACAUAGGCAGGCAAAUGCAACAAUAAAGGAAAAGGAAUACUUGAUAUCCAAUCUUCUGAACUCUGAGAAAUCACUGGUUGAGCGUGCACUUGAGCUUCGAUCAGAACUGGAGAGUGCUGCAUCAGAUGUCUCUAAUCUGUUCAACAAGAUUGAACGCAAGGACAAAAUUGAAGAUGACAACAGAGUUCUUAUACAGAAAUUCCAAUCCCAAUUGACUCAGCAGCUUGAAGUCUUGCAUAAAGCUGUAGCAUCAUCCACCACACAGCAAGAACAACAACUAAAAGAGAUGGAAGAAGACAUGCAUUCAUUUGUAUCCACAAAGACUCAGGCUACAGAAGAGCUUCGAGGUCAUUUAGAAAAAUUGAAAACCAUGUACGGCUCUGGAAUCAAGGCUUUAGACAAUUUAGCUGGAGAACUUGACGGUAACACCCAGUCAACAUUUGGUCACCUGAAUUCUGAAGUUUCCAAACAUUCCUCAGCCUUACAAGAGCUUUUUGAAGGAAUUACUUCUGAGGCUAAUACUUUACUUCAUGAUCUUCAAGACAGUCUACAUAGUCAUGAGAAUAAAUUAACUGCAUAUGCACAACAGCAACGUGAGGCUCAUACGAGAGCUAUUGAAACAACAAGAUCAAUAUCGCAAACUACAGAAAACUUCUUCAAGACUUUAGAUGGGCAUGCUUCAAAGUUAGGCCAUAUCGUCAAAGAAGCCCAGACAAUUAAUGAUGAGAAGUUAUCUGAAUUUGAAAAGAAGUUUGAGGAGUGUGCGGCCCUUGAAGAAAGACAACUACUAACUCAAGUGGCAGAGUUGCUUGCAGAUUCAAAUGCUAGGAAGAAGAAACUGGUUCAAUUUGCAGUUGGUGAACUUCGGGAUAAUGCAGCCGGUAGAACCAACAAAUUACAGCAAGAGAUGUCAAUUAUGCAAGAUACCACUUCUUCAAUCAAAGCAGAAUGGACAAACUACACCAAGAGAGCUGAAUCCCAUUAUCUUGAGGAUACAUCUAAGGUGGAAAAUGGGAAAGAAGAUAUGGAAGAUGUUCUUCGUAAAUGCUUGGAAUACGCAAAACGGGGUGCACAACAAUGGAACAAUGCUCAAGGGUCAGUGCUUGGUCUAGAGAAGAGGAAUAUUGCUUCAGUUGAUGAAAUCGUUAGGAAAGGAAUGGGUACUGUUCAAGUAUUGCGUGAACGAGUCUCUUCUGCUGUGAAUUCUGCUCUGGAAAAUGCAGAAUUUGGAAGCAAGAAUAUGCUCUCGUCCAUCGACCGUUCAUUACAACUUGACCACGAGGCAUGUGGGAAUAUCGAUUCCCUUAUUGGCCCUUGUUGUGGAGACUUGAGGGAAUUGAACAGUGGGCAUCACCACAAGAUGGUGGAGAUCACAGAACAUGCUGGAAAAUGCCUCCUACAAGAUUACAUGGUGGAUCAACCAUCUUGCACAACGCCGAGAAAGCGGCCAAUUAAUCUUCCGAGCAUUGGUUCCAUUGAGGAACUCAGAACCCCAUCCUUUGAGGAACUGCUUAAGUCAUUUUGGGAUGCAAAAUCAUCCAAGCAGGCAAAUGGAGACACAAAGCAUUUUUCAGAAGCUUUCAGAGACCCCCGGCUUCCCCUCACUGCUAUCAAUUAGAAGGUAGUGAGAUUCUGGAGUAGUGUAUAUGCAUAUAUAGAAGCAUAUUGGUAUUGCAAUUGAGAUUGUACAGAGUAUUGGAUUGAACAGAGAAUGAUUUAUUAUAGUGAAAUCCGUAUAUAUAAAGCAAGAAAGAAAUAUUCAUCCGUGAUUGUUUUGUAUUUUGGUCGUUGUAUUCUGUAAUGGAGAUAAUAGGUAGGUGUUUCCGGAUCAAAUUAAGAUUUUUGUUAGCUGAUUCUGAAUUUUGUUUAACCUGAGUUGGGAUUAUUUAUAGUUAUACCCUCUGACGAUGAUGUCCACCCAAUAUCCAAUCGUAAAUAAUUCUAAAAUGGACCCUCCAUUUCAUCCAAGAUUCCCGAGAGUUGAAUGCAGUAGUGUUAUCAGUUUGAAAUUGAUUUGCUAUGAGCGUAAAAGAAUUGAGUUCCCAGAACAACAAAAAUGUUGCUGCACAGCGCUAAACUCAAUUAAGUACGGUAAAAUUUUAAUUUGGUGUCAGAUAAUAAUAAUACAAGCUUCAGCAAUUGAGAGCAGAAGAAAUGGAGUUCUAAGGUCGAAAACAUAUAUACAUCCACCUUUACUCAGUAGCACUU